UGAGCUACUUGAUGACAGGUUUUCUGAGAAAGAGACCGUUCACUCACACCGGAAGCUUUGCCGUCUUCAGUUGCAGCACACUUUGAAGGAAAGCCCAAACCUAGGAGUUCAAUUUUCAUUUUAAAUUAAUUCUGUGGAUCUGCUGUAUUUUUCCUGUCUCUGUUGCUGCUGGGGAGAUAUCCUACAGUGUGUCACAGCCAAAGGUUAACAUGUUUUGCUUCCUAACUGACUAACCAGAAACAGAAAUGGAUUUACGAAGCACACCCUAUCGUUCCGAAGUGGCCCGCUGGUCGCCCAAUGACUUGGCAGACUACUUUAGGAGGUUAAACUUCAAGGACUGCGAAAAAGUUGUUCGGAAACUUAACAUAACUGGACAAAGAUUUCUGAACAUGUCUGAAAAUGAUUUUCAGAAGUUUCCACAGCUAAAAGUUCCCAUUCUAACCAAACUAAAUCAGGAAAUAAAUCGACAUGAAGAAAAAAGAAGCAUCUUUCCUAAAAGAACACAGAUACAGAAAUCUCCUGAAAAUACAGAAUAUAAACAAGAGGAGGAGGAUGGCUGGUCCUCCUUUGAUGAAAGUGAUGGUUAUGAAAGCCCAGAUGACUAUCAGACAGGAGAUGCUGUUGAUUAUGAAACACCCAAUGAUCAAGACGGGGUUGACGAUGAAAAUGAGGCAGAGUAUGAACCCCCUCCAUCAAAUGAUGAGGAGAUCCUCCGCAAUACUAUAUUUCCUCCAAAACCGAUUCCGACCAUUUCAGAUUACAUAGACAGACCUGCAACAGAGAGAGGUAAACCAUCUCUCCAGCCUCCUGUUCCCCCCCAGAGGCCUAUCCCCAGCCCCAUACCAGGAGCAUCUCGAAACAGAAUCCGUGAGACACCUUUCAGUUCUCCUUCAAGCAAUAAUGACAGUUACAGAGACAAAAGUACAAAUCUCUUUAAACCACCAGUCGAUCGAAGCAAAAAACCACCAAUGGACCGACCUGGGCCAACCUUUGAGAGAGAAACCCUUGGAGCUGGCAAACGAGCUUUUCCUGACAUGGCUCUGACACCAAAGCUCAGAUCUCUGGCAGAAGACUUGGCAAAGAUACAGAAGCCUCCUCUGCCACCAACUGAGAGAUUUGAAAAAAACAGUCCAUCCUCUAGAAGAAUGCCACCAUCCACAAAGAGCAAUCAGAUGCUUGAAAGACAGACAGAAAUGGAAUCUGACAAUAUUCUCCAAAGGCCAGUUCCACAGCCAUCACCUCAGCCCUUCAACACCUUUCCUUCCAGAACCACUAAGUCUAAUAUAAUUCCUUUACCACCCAAAACGAAAUCUGAUCUACACACAGAAAGCAUUUCCUCAAGUGCAUCAUUACCACCCCGUCUUCUGCCAAGUAACCUCUCCAGAACUUUUUCCAAGACCCCAGCAGAUGGCAGACCACCAUUACCAAUUCCCAGUAAACCAAAUGCAGAAUUUCCUAAAGCUGAUAAUGAAAGAGGGGAACAAAUUUAUAAGGGUCAACAACAUCAAAAGUGGUAUGUUGCUGAUAUCACCCGGUCAGAUGCAGAAGUUGCUCUUAGGAACAUAAACCAGGACGGUGCAUUUUUAGUAAGAGACAGCUCCAAAAAAUCAAUUGAGCAGCCAUAUGUUCUAAUGGUGCUUUACCACAACAAAGUUUACAAUAUCCAGAUACGUUAUCAACAAGAGACUCAAGUCUACUUCUUGGGAACUAGCUUGAAAGGAAAUGAGGACUUCACUUCAGUGGCUGACAUUGUUGAUUACUUCAAACGAAUGCCCCUUUUGUUGAUAGAUGGAAAAGACCGAUGCUCAAAGAAGCAAUGUAUGUUAACAUAUGCUGCUGGUACUCUUUAGAGGAGAGAAUGCAUGAAGAUCAAGUUCAAGCUCCACUUUGUCUUUUCAAGUUAGAGGAGUAAUUGAUUUGUGUUGGAUGAACUGAGAUAAUUUCUUAUUUGUUUUUUUUUAUAUUACACUAUGAAUGUUAUUGUAUUAUCUUUCUUCCUCCCUUUUGGUAUGAAAGCUAUUAAGCACAUUCAUUUUUCACUGAAAAAAAUUGUAUGUGUGAUAUCUGUUGAUUGAAAUAUACUCUGUAGACUGUGUCAUAUUAUUAUUGAAUAUUUUUCUUCAAGAUGAAGAAAUCUUCUAAACAAUAGUUCUGUAUAUCUUUUCCAUAUAAAGAUUUAGUAACAGAUUCAUUCAAGAAUAACUUAACAGAUAUUUCCUGAUAUUAUUAAACCCAGCAUGCAUGCUAAUGUUUGUUCUUAGUGAAAACAUUUGUUUAUUGAGUUUAUUGAGUAUGAUCGCACCGAUUAAUUGCGGUCAGAAAGAGUCAAAAGGAUUUUUUGUGUGUGUGUAGUCAUUUUCUGUUUAAACAUUUGUUAAAGAACUAAUUGUUUCUCUUGCAGUCUUCAUUUGUAUCUUUCAAUCAAAGCUAUUGUAUAUUAUGAUUUAUAUCGUAUGAUAACAUACGAUAUAAAUAUGUUUUUAUUUCUUAUUGUUCUUGAAACUAUAAAAUGUAAAUUAAUUUCUGAAUCAAUCACUGAAUCUGGGUUUCAGAAUGGGUAGAUUUCUUGAAAAAAUAUUUUAGUGACUUAAGCAAACCUUUUAGUCAACAAUUGUUCAUUAUAUUUUUCUUGUACAGGACCAGAAUAUUAACAUUUUAAAAUUUGAUUAUAAUAGAAAAGUGGUUGGAUCUGCCUGCUGUAGUGUAAAGCUUGUAUAUUCUUACCUUAUCCAAAACAACAAGAACAUUUGACCAUCACACCAAAGCAUACUGUGGUGUCAGAAAAUCACAAGGAACCAUGCUCUUAAGAUACAAUGUUUGGUGGUAUUUUUCUCCACUUUAUUCAUUUAGAUGAAAUAAAAAUUCAUUAUUAAAUGUGAUUAAAAUUAAUUAUGGAAUAAA